UGUUUUAUAUUAUUAUUCUUGACUAAAAAAUUCACACGUUCCUCGUGGCUUCCUGUGAUUUGGGAAUUCAGUCAAUUUUAAUGUUUUGAUUUGGUCAAGAAGCCACAUUGUCUGAAACUAUAUAUCUGACAAUGGCGAGACUAUGAGAAGGGGAAAGUAGAAUCACUUACAGAUAGAUCUAACCAACCUGUUGUGCUGAGGAGAAAGUAUAACGAUGGGCUGGGGAAACAAGAAAGAUGGUGAUACUAGUAAUGAUUUGAAGCUUCCUACUGGGAAAUAUGAACUUGUCAAUAGUCAUUCAAUAUCUUCUGGCGGGAAGAAGUCCAUGAACAGAUAUGUGCUUGCCUGUGCAAUUUUGGCCUCCAUGAAUUCUAUCGUGCUUGGCUAUGAUGGUGGAGUUAUGAGUGGAGCAAUUAUAUUUAUUCAAGAGGAUUUACACAUAAACGAGGAACAAAUAGAGGUGCUUGUUGGAUCUUUGAGCAUAGUUUCACUUCUAGGAGCUGCAGCUGCAGGCAGGACCUCAGAUGCCAUUGGAAGAAGAUGGACAAUGGCUUUGACAGGUCUCAUAUGCAUGUUGGGUGCAGGUAUAAUGGGUUUAGCUCCCUCCUUUUUUGUUUUGAUGGUCGGCAGGUUUCUUGGUGGGAUUGGGGUUGGAUUUGGCCUAAUGAUUGCCCCAGUAUACACUGCAGAGGUUUCCCCUGCAUCAAGCCGAGGGGCACUUACAUCCCUUCCUGAGAUUUUUAUCAAUUUUGGAAUUCUUCUUGGUUACAUUUCCAAUUAUUUUCUCUCUGGAUUACCAGCUCAUAUAAGCUGGAGGUUGAUGCUUGGCGUGGGAUUGGUUCCAUCACUUUUCCUUGCAUUAGGUGUCCUUGGUAUGCCGGAGUCCCCUAGAUGGCUUGUCAUGCAAAAUAGGAUUGAGGAAGCUGCAUCUGUACUGGCAAGAACCUCAGAUGAUCAAGGUGAGGCAGAUGCAAGACUCGCAGAAAUUAUGGAAGCAGCAGGUGUUGGAGGUAAUGAAUCUAAUGGCAAUGUUGAGAAAUUGGGGGAACAAGAUGAAAAUAUAGAUGUACCAAAUUCGCAAAUUCUCCAAAAGAAACAUCAUGGGGAAGGAGUUUGGAGAGAACUUUUAUGGCCCACUCCUCCAUUGCAAAGGAUGCUGAUCAUAGCUUUGGGGAUUCAGUUCUUCCAGCAGGCAUCAGGCAUUGAUGCAAUAGUUUAUUACAGUCCAGUGGUUUUCAAAGAAUCUGGAAUUCAGAGUCAAGCAGGACUUCUUGGUGCUACUGUUGCAGUAGGUUUUUUUAAAACUGCAUUUAUUUUGGUCGCUACAUUCUUGAUAGAUAGAGCUGGAAGGAGGCCAUUGUUGCUGACAAGCGCCCUUGGGAUGACUGUAUCUUUAAUAGUGUUAGCAUUGGGUCUUUCCUUGAUAGAGAACACAUCAGGAAACCACCAAGGAUUUUCUUUUUUGGCUAUGUUGGCAGUGUGCUGCAAUGUGGCAUUUUUCUCCGUUGGAUUAGGGCCAAUAUGUUGGGUUUUGUUGUCAGAGAUAUUCCCAUUGAGAUUCCGGGCACAAGCAGCUAGUCUGGGUGUGGUAGUAAACAGAGUUGCAAGUGGAGUAAUCUCUAUGACUUUCUUAAGUCUCUCCCAUUCAAUCACCAUAGCUGGAACAUUCUUCCUCUUUGCUGGUGUCUCACUCCUCUGUGCAGUGUUUGUAUAUAUUUACAUACCCGAGACAAAAGGCAAAACUCUAGAAGAGAUUGUGUCAAUUUUCAACAAGGAAGAGUCAGAAAGAAUUUCACAAGGGGGUGAGUUGGAGCUAGGGGACACAACAAUGCUUGUUGAGAAAUCUAAAAUACCAACGUCUUAUUGAAUUUCAGCAAUAAGAGAACUUAAGGAAUUGUAAUCAUCAUGCAGAUGAAGAUAGGUAUAAUGAGUUAUUGUGAGAAGAUGGAUAUAGCAAAAGCAAUUGCUAAUUUGCAUUGCACAGGCAUCUGUAAGUCAUGAGAAGGUUAUAACUUCUACACAGUGAAGUUUAUGUUUUAUAAUUUAUUUUAUUAUAUAAUAUACAAAGUGAAAUUCAUCGUUGACAGGAACAUCUGUAUUUUAAUUAGUCUCUAUGUCUUGUAGUUCUGGAGCUUGUUGCGAAUUUUCUGUUUACAAUUUCUAAAUUUAUAAAUUGAGAAUUAAAAUUCUUCAAGAA